GUCGGGAUCAAUUAACCUAAAACUAAUAGAUAUCAGAGUGUCACAAAAUUUAUUGUAGCCAAUGGUGUAAAUCAAAUAUUUCUAUUUGAACUACUACUAAAAAUUUAUACCUCCUCAGUUGUUUGUAUUUAUAAUAUUUGAAAAGAAAAAAAAACAAAUAAAAAAGUUGUAGAAGAAGAAGAUCCAGUAGUUAAGGUUAUGGGGGAGGGUGUUCUUCUUCCUCCAUGGCCGCCAACCAAAACCCACUGAAGAAAACCAAUCAUCACCAUCAUCAUGAAAUGUGUUCUGCUCGCAGCACUUCUAAAAAGCACUUCCCACACUCAUCAUCUUCUUCCUUGCCUUAAAAUUUCAGUCUCUUCUUCUUCUUCUGCUCUCUGCUCAGCCAAAGAUUCAAUUCGUCAGCCAUGAAAGCAGCUUCCAGUUUCCUGUUCUUGAUCUCUGCCGUUCUUUUGAUCAUCAUCUCUUUUCUUCUUUCUGCAACUUCUUCAACUCCAACUGUUUUGCCCCUUCAACUUCUCUCUCUGCUUUCUAUCAAAUCCUCCAUUAAAGACUCCUUUUCGAGCUUUCUUGAUUGGGACCCUAAACCCACCUUCUCCAAAGCUGAUUUUCAUGACCCGAUUUGGUGUUCUUGGUCUGGAGUUCGAUGUGAUCAGAACUCGCCGGAAAUUACCUCCUUGGAUUUGUCUCGUCGGAAUCUCACUGGGUUUAUUCCCUCUGAAAUUAAGUACUUAACGAGCUUAGUUUAUUUGAAUUUGAGUGGUAAUAGCUUUCUUGGGCCGUUCCCCACCGCCAUUUUUGAGCUCACUCAGCUUACGACUCUUGAUAUUAGUCAUAAUAUCUUCACCUCCACUUUCCCACCUGGGAUUUCCAAGCUUAAGUUCUUGAAUGUUUUCAAUGCCUACAGUAACAACUUCACUGGUUCGUUACCGCAAGAAUUCGCGCAUCUCCGGUUCCUUGAAUGGCUCAACCUCGGUGGAAGCUACUUUAAUGGCAGUAUUCCGGCGAGUUAUGGCGGUUUGUCACGGUUGAAGUAUUUGCAUUUGGCUGGAAAUGCUCUUGAUGGUCAAAUUCCAGGGCAACUAGCGUAUUUAACCAAACUAGAGAGAAUGGAAAUCGGUUACAAUACCUUCUCCGGCGGGAUUCCGGCGGAAUUUCCAUUGUUGUUGAAUCUGAAAUACUUGGAUAUUGCCGGAGCGAAUCUCGCCGGGACUCUGCCGCAGGACAUUGGAAACAUGACGAAGCUGCAAAAUCUGCUUCUCUUCAAGAAUCGAAUCACCGGCAAAAUUCCUGAAAGUUUAGGGAAAUUAGAAGCGCUUGAGGAGCUUGAUUUGUCGGAGAAUCAACUCACCGGAGCGAUUCCGUUGGAUUUGUAUAAUCUGAAGGAAUUAAGAGAGCUGAGUUUGAUGGCGAACGAUCUGAGUGGGGAAAUUCCACAAGCACUUGGCGAUCUUCCAAAUCUCGCCAGUUUGCGAUUAUGGAACAAUUUGCUCACAGGUCCACUGCCUCAGAAUCUCGGCUCGAACGAGAAGUUACUGCAAGUCGACGUGUCGUCGAAUCAACUCUCCGGUCCGAUUCCUCCAAAUCUCUGCCAUGGAAACAAGCUGUAUAAGCUCAUUCUGUUUUCCAACAAAUUAGGGCACGAACUUCCCGCCUCUUUAACGAACUGCACGUCUCUCGUUCGUCUUCGAAUCCAAAACAAUUUCCUUAACGGCUCGAUUCCUCACGGUUUCGGCAUGUUGGAGAAUCUGACAUUCGCCGAUUUCAGUAACAAUAACUUCUCCGGCGAGAUUCCGGCGGAUUUUGGGAAUGCGGUGAAGUUACAGUACUUGAACAUUUCACAGAACGCCUUCGGAACUUCCUUACCGGAGAAUAUCUGGAACUCGACUAGCUUACAGAUCUUCUCGGCGAGUUCUUCGAGAAUCAUCGGUAGCAUCCCCGAUUUCGUCGGGUGUAGAUCUAUCUACGAGAUCGAACUCCAGGACAAUAAUUUAAACAGUAGUAUUCCAUGGACGUUCGGCCAUUGCGAGAAGCUACUCACGCUGAAUUUAAGCAGGAAUUCGUUAACCGGCAUUAUUCCAUGGGAGAUCUCCACGCUGCCGUCGAUUACCGCCAUUGAUCUGUCACGAAACUUCCUCACAGGUACAAUCCCUUCAAAUUUCCAAAACUGUAGCACAAUCGAAAGCUUCGACGUAUCAUACAACCAGCUCACCGGCCCCAUUCCAUCGACCGGAACAAUCUUCCCGGGAUUACACUCUUCUUCAUUCAUCGGCAACGACGGUCUCUGCGGCGAGAUUCUAGCGAAACCCUGCGCUGUCGACGCGCUCUCCGAUGGCGGGAUAGAGGUCCGGCAGCAGCAGCCACGGCGGACGACGGGAGCAAUCGUGUGGAUAAUGGCAGCGGCGUUUGGAAUCGGAUUGUUCGUAUUAGUAGCCGGGACGAGGUGUUUUCAGGCGAAUUACAGCCGUCGAUUCGGCGGUGGCGACGAGGAAACGGGACCGUGGAAACUAACCGCCUUUCAACGGUUGAACUUCACGGCGGAGGACGUGUUAGAGUGUAUGUCAAUGACGGAUAAGAUCCUGGGAAUGGGGUCCACUGGGACGGUAUAUAAAGCGGAGAUGCCAGGUGGCGAAAUCAUAGCAGUGAAGAAAUUGUGGGGUAAAUAUAAAGAGAACAUCCGACGGCGGAGAGGGGUUCUGGCGGAAGUGGAGGUACUGGGGAACGUGAGGCACAGGAACAUAGUGAGAUUGUUAGGGUGCUGCAGCAACAAGGAGUGUACGAUGCUGCUCUACGAGUAUAUGCCAAAUGGUAAUUUGGACGAUUUACUGCACGGUAAAAACAAGGGUGAAAAUUUGGUGGCCGAUUGGAUAACUAGGUAUAAAAUUGCAUUGGGUGUGGCACAGGGGAUUUGUUAUCUUCACCAUGACUGUGAUCCAGUCAUCGUGCACCGCGAUUUGAAGCCCAGUAAUAUUUUAUUGGACGGUGAGAUGGAGGCCCGAGUGGCGGAUUUUGGCGUCGCUAAGUUGAUCCAGACCGAUGAGUCAAUGUCGGUGAUCGCUGGAUCCUACGGCUACAUUGCACCAGAAUACGGCUACACGCUUCAAGUAGAUGAAAAAAGUGAUAUUUAUAGCUUUGGAGUUGUGUUGAUGGAGAUCGUGAGCGGUAAGAGAUCUGUGGAUUCUGAAUUUGGCGAGGGGAAUAGCAUUGUGGAUUGGGUAAGAUCCAAAAUUAAGGUGAAAGAUGGAGUGAAUCAAGUUUUGGACAACGAUGUCAGUGGGUCUUGUGCGUCUGUCAGAGAAGAAAUGAUACAAAUGCUUCGUAUUUCAUUGCUUUGUACGAGCCGUAACCCUGCAGACCGACCGUCGAUGCGUGACGUCGUUUUGAUGCUACAACAAGCAAAACCCAAGAGAAAAUUUCCUGGGAAUCUUGUCACUGUCGAAGCUGCUGAUGUUCUCUUAGACCACAAGAUAGUAGCCGAGUGUUAAUAUCGUUUCUUUUUCUUUUUCAAUUGGUGGGGAUUGGUAUAGGUUAAGAGUGCUCCUUCUCCUCCUACAUCGUGGUCGGUCCUUCGUUAUGGUCAUUGUAUAGUGAAAAAGCUCACCCAUUUCUUUAGCCGAACGAUAUAAUUAUAGGAAAUGCUAUAAUCCAUCGGUCUUCUUUUUACGAUGAGCCACUCUAGUACAACAAGUUAAAGG